GUGGAGCCGCUCUCGCAGCUUGACCCCACCGCAUCGACCUCGACUUCGACCCCGACGUUGCCCCGCCCGCAGCCGCGGUCUAGUCGCGACGAUGACAUAUUCUGCCCGUCGUGCGGCCGACGACGUCGCGAGGAGAUCUCAUGGAUGAUCGAGGACUUGGACGCCAUCGAACCGGCACCGCUAGAGUCGCAAAGAACGCCGACAAAGAUCUGUAGCUGUAGCGAGACCGACGCCCGUAGAGAACGCGCCAGUUUCCUGAGGGUACGCAGCACAGAUGUGACAUGGAGUACCAGCAGCUUCUUGUCGCCCGAUGAGGCGAUCUGGGAUCUGAGAAGGCGCACCAGCGAGGGUACGGAGUUUCGUUGGGAACUCCAUACCUCGACUACAGACUUGGAUCUCGUCAGAAAGACCAAGUGCAGCUGCCACAGUCUAAUUCCGGGACAGAAAAAACCGGAAGGUGUACAUCGCGGCGAUCUCAGAAAGCAUCAUAGUGCAGAGACGGACAAGUGGUCGGUCAGGCCAGAAAAUCUGCUGACACCGAUGCACGACCUAAGGAAGCACAGCAGCGACGACACCAGAUUCGCGAGGGAGGCCAGAUGGUUACAGGUGCCGGAUGUGAUGCCAAAUCCAAAGCCCAGAUGUACCUGUCCCAAGGUAAAAACGCCACCACCCGCUUCACCAGUGGAAGUGAAACCGGAGCUGAAGGAACCGGAGAAGCCGAUCACGCAGAAGGAGGAAAAAAAGUUGUAUUACUCGAAAUCGUUGACGCCCGAGGAACCAGCCGUGCUAUGGGAAAAGCCAGAGGUGAAGAGGCAAGCUAGCGAGGAUCCGAGAGCCGCCAGAGGGAAGCCCAGGGAUCGACCCAAACUGGAACGUUCCGCUCAAGUGAGAAGCGAAAGUUCGAGGAGAUGGGGCUUCUCACAAAGAGACAAAGACAAGGAUAAGGAGAAGGAAAAAGUCAUCAGCCCGGUGGAGAGCAAGAAGCCGAUACGAGCGAGAUGGGCCAUGAAGCCACACGUCUCUCUACCCGCCGAGAAAAAGGCGCCGAAAUGGUACAGAAGCCAAGACGAGACGAAGAGCAAGAGUCUGCGCGAACGGCCAAAGUACAGCAUACGCAGGAGCAUGUCGCCGGAGCCGGAUCCACGACAAAUGAGCAAGCUAGAGAACAGAAUUGUGCGACGUCUGAUUUCACCAGAGAUCAGCAUCACCAGCACCAAGUGGGCACCGUAUGAGGACUCGUCACCAUUACCGACGAUCGGGAUAAGAAAACGCGACAAGCAGAAGCACAUCAGCGAUAUCAAGUGGACGCCGUACGACGAAUCACCGAGCGAAAUCCCAGUCGAGGUAAUCGAUGACAAGAAAUGGUCACCCUUCCACAAUGUCACGCCUACGCAUUGUCCGCCACCGGAACCGACGACACCCAGCAAGAGUGACGACGAGGAGUUCCGGUGGAAGAUUCUCAAUAUGGUCGCGCCGUUCCCACUCUACCAAGGCGGUUGGAAAGACGAGUCGCCGGAGAAAACACCACCGAAAAAGGCGACGACGCCGGAUGACCUAUCGACGCCGAUCUGGUCACCAAGGGAGCCUACCACGCCCACCGCUAAGCGGAAGAGUAUCGUGCAACCGGAUUACUCGCCGGAAUACUCACCAGUGGCACGCAGAUCCAGCAAACCUCGGCUCAUCCGGAAGGGUGCGAUCAGGGUGAAAGCGUCCCUCCCCACCACUAGUCCUCUGGAGGACAGACUGCCCCAGGCCGGGCCGCCCCCGCCGACGGUAAUAAUACGUGCUGCUAGUGAGGAGACUAAACGACAGAGGCCCCAGCUGACCAGAUCCAAGGCCCUGCUGGAGGUGCCGAAACAUAUAGAUGCAACGAAGAGAUCGUUGAGCGAAGAAGGACCGCGCAUGCAUCCUCGCGAACGUCCCAAACCGCCUGGAAGAACUCGCAGCGAGGAAGUGUCCAAGUACGACGAUCCUUGGUUGAGGGCGGAGUCUCCUGAGCUGCCUACUCGGAGAGAGAGGGCGUCCCGCGACAGACAGCGGCUCGGUUAUCCUCGCAAGGGCCUCAUGAAGAGAUAAUCUUCGAAACCACCUAAAAGACGAGACGGCAGGGCACAGCUAGUCGAGAUGAAGAUUAACGAGGUUCGAACGAGACGGGAAGGAAGAUUCUAACACAAUCGCAUUCGUAUGGGUGCCGAAAACUUCGUUGGCCUACACGAAGACUACAAUGGAAAAUACCAAAAAAAAAAAAAAAAUAGAAGAAAAGAAGAAAAACGAAAUAACUUCGAAUUCAUUUUCGGCAUUCGACGGUCGUUUCCAUAGCGAGAGGCGAGUCGAAGCGGGCGGAAGUCGAGGCGAGGGGUCAAGGACUGACUAUUAUUAUUUAAAUAGAAUAAUAUAUACAUGUGCGUUUUCGCGUUGCGCUCGCAGGGAAGUUACUUCUCCUCGGGGUGCGGCGCCUGUAAUACUCUCAGCUCAAGACGAGAUGUAGGGUUGCGCGCGACUGGGCGGACAUCCGGCAGGAAAAUCCGCGAACUCUGUGUGAAGGCGAGCAGACGAAAAAGCCGGUUGCCACCCGGCGGGCGUAUACGAGACGAUGGUUCACCCGUAGGACGUUGAUUGAUAGUUCUGUACCGUAAUUAGUAACGUAAUGCUAAAAACGAUUAAAGUAUCGACUAGGGAAUAAAUAAAUGACAUGAAUCUCUAUAGUGUAAGCGUGACUAGUUGAUUCGCGGAGAGAGUGUUCUCCGCUACGGAGGAUGAGAGAUAUACACAGGGUGUGUCCGACGUGGAUCGAGGGAUCCACCUCGAUCGCGGACGCGCGCGAAUAAAUAACGUUUAAGCAUAAUUUGUAUAUGUACGUAUACUCCGUACGUGUACACGUAAUUAUAUAAUAUUUGUAACGUUCGCUUUUUUUUUGAGCGACAAGUGUAUAAGAAGGAGAGGAGAUAGAGAGGUAAAUAGAAGAGAAGGAGAGGAAAAAAAAAAGAAAAUCACGGAGAUGCGAUUAGAGCGCAUCGUGAUCAAAGGAUUGGCCUCGUUCCAGGGGCAACGCGGAUCUCCGCCCGAUCGAGAACUGUCGGGGCUCGACGAGAUACGACUCUUUGUUAUUCGUUCAUAUCUGUUUUUCUUUUUUUUUCUUUUUUUUAUACGUUAUAUAUAUAUAUAUAUCGACGUGCGAGAGCGUUGGAUCGAUAGCGCAAUCCUGCAAUUUACGAUUGCGUGAGUGCGUGCUUCGAUCCAGAUUCGCGACGAUCGAUUUCGUUCGUUGUUUCGGGCAACGAUCUGGCGGUCGUAACGUAAAAUAAAAAAAAAAGAAAAAACGUCGCCGGAUACGUAGCCCCUCCCCGUGUGCCGGUGCGUGCAAUAUUAAUUAAGAGAUCGAAACGACUCGGAAACGUCGGUGGACAGCCGCGUGAAUACGGGAUACUAAGAAAUGAGGAAAAAAAACUCUAAAUUCUUUGAAGUGGAAUCUCACUCUAAGGAGUAAAAAUUGAGCCGGAAUCUUGAAAACGAGCGAUUCAAUUCAAUCUUUAAGAGCGAGAUUUACAUUUAUAAACAUUUUAGAGAGUAAGGAGGACUCAUACUAGCAAACGUCCAAGGGACGUUCUAGAUGUUCAGAAGAAGUUCCAAAGUCUUAAGGGUAUAUUGUCAGAACGUCCCUCGGAUAAGAUGUGCUAUGUAGGGAGAAAACCGACAGGGUGUGUCCGUGGGGGGACGAUCGGCUGCGCGUAACUUGAUCGUUUCUCCCUUCGUCCUCGAUGUACGUAGUUCGUUUUUGAUUGAACGAUGCCGUGUCUCGUUGCCGCUUGUGUUACUCGCUUUAGUUUCGCGUUCGCGCAUGAAGGACAUUUCGUUAUAUCCCGCCUUUGACACGGGACGGUUCCGCGCAAGUUUUUUUUUCUCCCACCCUCCUUUACGCCUCCCGUGAUCUUUUUUAUAUCGUGCGCGUGUGUCUCGUGAACGAUAUGGCUCAGUAUUCUGCGCGGCUGAUAUUAACUGUGUAUAGCAUAGGGGAUUUCUUACUUAUAGGUACCGUCAUCCAUGAGCAGAUACCGUUAACGGAGAGGCCACCCUCUCGCGCACAUUAGGGGCGCGUUAGUUGCACCCGAGUGCGCUCGAGCGACGACGCUGAUUAGACGCCAGCCCUUUAUUUUCCUUCAUUGGCGAACACGUCCGAUCUCGUGUCGCGCGAACGGCCGCCGUCGUUUAGCGCAUAAUUUUUUUUUAGGAUAGCUCCGCGUAUAAUUGGCACCGCGUGAACGGUCACCCGAUAAUUUCGCGGUACCUUUUUGUCUAAGUACCUUAAUGCCAUUCUCUCUCUCUCUCUCUCUCUCUCUCUCUCUCUCUCUCUCUCUCUCUCGAUGCACCCUCUCGACGCACGCUUCCCUUUCGUUUCCUUCUGGUCUCGUCGAUCGUCCGUAAUUGUUCUCGGUAACGCGAUCGAUGAGCGAUUAGUGAUAUUACGACUUAGCGAUACGAUAGAAGUUAAUUCGAGUAGCAAAGUAUCCGCGGCAAGCAGGGGUCGUUACGUGCGUUUACUCUUGCAUUCCGUUCGCAUCUCGCCUUCUAAGCGUCACGAGAUCGAGCGUAACCGUCAGCGGACUGGAUGUAUUCCGUGCGUUUCCUUUUAAAGAUGAAAUAUUGAAAUGAAAGGAUACUUAAUGGGCUUUCUAUAAUGAGCUCUUACUUAAGCUUCAAGAGCUUCUUAAGCCGUAAGAAAUAUUAAAAUUAUUCUUCUCACAUUCGAUUGCGAUUGAUUAGUUUCUUACGGAUUAAGACUUAAAGGAUUUGCUAUUGCAAGUCUAUAAGAUGAAAACAGCGAAAAUCAUUGUCAACAGUUACUCCAUAAUUAAUUCUUAUAGAAAUCCAAUUUAGUAUCUAUAUAUACUGAUCAAUUUAAUACUGGAAAUGACUUAUUUUGAGCAACAGUGCUUUUAGUUCUCAAUAUAAGUAAUUAAUCACUAUUUCCAAUAUUAAAUUUUCAUUUUAAAAAAUUAAAAAUUCUUUCAAAUUGUAACGAUGAUAAUCCGAGGCGAUUACUCGUAUAUUUUCUAGUGACUCAUCUCAAAACGGAGAAAACGCGCGGAAUCGCGUCAGGGGAGGAAAAGGGAGCGCGAUGCAUUCGAACGAACGCGCAGGUCAAUCCGCGAAUCCUCGCGGGGAUUCCCUGAUCCACGACGGACAGGACGCGUUUUCAUUUCCGACCGCGCUUCCGUCGACGAUUCGUAAAAAAAAAAAUCGAUCUACAGAAACCCGUUGUCGCGCUUACGGAAAUUACGAUGCGGAAUGGAAAAUGCGUCAUAGAGCAACCAAUCAACGUUAUUCCGAAUCGCGCUAAUUGGUAGUUUCAAUGACGCGUUCUCUAUUCCUCGGCCCUUUUCCGUACCGUGAUUUCACCCUUAACGUCGUCGAAGGAGGCCGGAACGUCGCGUCGCGCGAUCGCGCCGCGUGGAUUACCGCUUGUAUUGUACACGUACAUACGUACACGCAUUAUACGCUACAUAGCGAUUCGUUUCUCCACGAAUUACACACGUAUACAUAUAAAAAAUAUAUAUAUAUAUAAAAUAUAAAUAUAUAUAAAUAUAUAUAUAGUUUUCUCCCCUCUCGUAGUGCGUACACAUAGCAGUUUAUUACGGCGUUAUUACGUACUGUACGAUAUUAUACAUAGCAUAAAAAAAAAAAAGAAACGAGACUACGUCGCGUACUCGCUAUCAACCGAAGGGACGCUAUACCGCCAUUCGCGCGCACGGCUGUCAGCGGAUGGACCGUGUAUGCAUAUAUAUAUAUAGUAUAUACAUAUAUAUAUAUAUAUAUGUAUACAUAUACAUACAUAUAUUCGUAUUUAUAUGUAUGUAAUAUGUACGACACGGACUCGCGUUCGUUCGAAUAAAGAAAUAGAAUGAAUAGGGCACGUGUGUGCACUGAGAGAACGCUAUUACAGUAUAAAAACAAACUUGUAUCCGUGCUGCCAUUAGCGUUAAAGCAGAAGACGGAGGUGCAGUGAGGUGUGAGGACAAGCCAAAGUAUAUAGUUAAUGAAAAUACACACGAAUUUAUGUCCACGAGGAGACGUACAUACUUAUACGUAUGAAGAGUGUGAGAGAGCGAGAGAGAGAGAGAGAGAGAGAGAGAGAGAAGAGUGAGAGAGAGAGAGAGAAAGAGAGAGAAAAUGACAAGCGCACGCAUACUCGAAUACGUACGCUUAGUUGCGUAAAUCCGUGUAUACAUUUAAAAAAAAUGUGGCGAACGAGAGGAAAGAUUUCUCAAAUGUCUCUUCUUUUGCUUUCUACUUCGACAAGUAAGUAGCAAAGGAGGAUAAUAAAAGAUUAGAUUUGGCAAAUUGUUUUUUUUUUUUUCGAUUUGAAAGCUAUUUUCAAAGGAAUUUCUCAUGACCCUUCGAAGGUUCGUUACGACAGAAUUAUACGAAUGGAAUCGGCGAGACGAGAACUCGUAGUUGUCGAAACUCAUCGUGAAAAUGAUAAAUUGAAACGAACAAAUGGUUCACCACACGAUACUUUACGCUCGUUUAUAUUUUCCUUGAGCUUACAUAUACGGAGUUUCGCGAUUAAGUAUGCAAUUGACAAUUGACAGUCAUCUCAAUCCCUCCCAGGGUGAAUUCGUUUCGCGGCGCAUGUGAGAAUAAGUUUAGAGAUCUUCAUGUUGAAUAAUUAGCAGUCUCAUCCUAUGUAUCGUAUAAUCGAGAGAUCAAGCGGCCGUGAGCAGUACGUAUUUAGCGGUAAAAGACACAAGAAAAAAAACUAUAUAUGACGGAUAAGCGGAACCUGGGAAUUAUUAACGGUAUUCGUAGCGUGUGUACUGUAUUUCGGGUGUGAUCGAUAUGUUGUCUGAGUUCCCGAACUAUAUUGUUACGUUUGCGCCUAUUAGUAUCAUUCCUCUUCACACGAACGACAUUAUUAUUAUUAUUAUUAUUAUAUUUAUUACGAUUAUUAUAAUGCUCUCUCUAACGCGAUAUUACAUUGUGAUAACGUAAGACUUGUUUCUAGUCCGAUUCUAGCUCUUCUAAUCUCGUUAUAAUUAUUCUAUCAGUACUCAGUCCAAUUCCCUGGCCCUUCUCCCCUCUCCUUCCCUCUCCCUUGUCCCCGACCGUAAUGAUUUAUCAAACGAUACGACGCGUCGCGAGAUGCGUAGAUCUCGCGUAUAGAAAGGUGCAUCCUCUGUGCAACAAAUACAGUAUACAAUCCGUAAAUAUGAGGUCAAUGUUGAUUUGUUUAAAUAAAUGUAAGUUUGAAAACCCA